AUGGAAGGUUUCGACGACUCCUUCUAUCAGGCACACUAUCCCAUACAGGACCCCCAACUGGGUCCUCCCUCCGAUUAUCCUCACGCCCAGCAAACUUCUCUCCUUCCGCUAGCUUACCCCAGUUCCGAUCAGUUUCAACCGGGAACUUUUCCCUACCAAUCGCACCCCUCAGAUUUCUUGUCCAACGGUGCCCCUGGUGCCCUGAUCCCAUCCCAACCAAAUGCAUUGGCCCUUCAUCAAUCCGGUCUGCAUGGGCACCAUCCGGCCCCGGCUCGGAUACCCGGUCUGGGAAGCCGAAUCGCGAAUGCCUCCAUGCAUGCUUACGAUCCGAUGUCUCUCCCGGGCCACGGCAUGGUCAUGAGUAUGGAAGCAGCAAAUAGCUUCGCUUACGAUGCCUCCACUUUCCAUACAACCGGCGCCUUAGAUCCCAAUCUCGAUCGCCAUCCUACCGUCCAGCGCCCCCCUUUGCCUACCCAAGUCAUUGAUCUAGAUUCUCCCGUUCCUGCUGCAUAUUCCAUUCCCCGGAAUCAAUCGGCUCUCGCCACCACAUACUGGGCUCCGCCUGUGGCUCAGGAUCUAAGCACUCCCGUCCAACCUGCAGUCGCCGCCGCCGCCGCCGCUGCCAGGCCUCCCGCCGACACCCCCUCCACAUCGACGGCCCGCCCCGCGCGGGAUCAGAGCGGCUCGCGGCGUGCUGGUGCUGCUGCACAGGCGGAAGUGCAACAGCAGUCCUACGGGCAAGCCUCGAAUACCACCGUAUCCCAUCGAUUUAUCCAGCCAAAGCGGCCUUCACCAAAGGCAGCCGUACCGCCUCGGGCCAAGACAGAAGCGGGCAGCGAGUCUCAAUAUUCCAGCAUUUACUCCAGCAGUGGCUUCGAUAUCAUGGGCAUAUUGGCUCAAGUAGUGUCUCGGCCGGAUGCCAAAAUAAAUAUCGGUGCGGUGGACUUGUCCUGUGCCUUUGUGCUCUGCGAUAUCACCCAGGAUGACCAUCCGAUUGUGUACGUCUCGGAAGCGUUCGAGCGGCUUACUGGUUACACCAAUGAUGAGAUCGUGGGCCACAACUGUCGGUUCCUGCAAGGUCCCGACGGUGUGGUGUACCAGGGCAUGCAGCGGAAGUUUGUCGAUCAGAACACUGCCUUUCGCUUCCGGUCAACCAUCGAAGAUCGGGCUGAGAUUCAGGCCAGUAUCAUCAACUACCGGAAAGGUGGACAACCUUUCGUGAACUUGGUUACCAUGAUUCCGAUUCGAUGGGGUGGCCCGGAUUACCGCUUUUACGUCGGCUUUCAGGUCGAUUUGGUCGAACAGCCCGACGCUGUCACCCGACGAAACCCCAAUGGCACGUACAUGAUCAAUUAUCAACGCAGUCAAUUGCCCAACUACGUAGUCCCCUCUCCGGAGAUGUACCGAGUCAACCCGGAGCUGAUUACCAUGUGGGCUCCGGAGCAGGUGUCGACGAUUCUCGACAGCCUAAACGGCUCUAUGCCCAUCUAUCGAGAGUUACUGGAUCGAGUUUUGGUGGAAAACACGGACGAUGUCAUCCAUGUGCUUUCGUUUGAGGGUGAAUUCCUCUAUCUGUCCCCGUCUUGUCCCAAGGUCCUGGAAUAUGACGCGGUAGAACUAGUUGGGAAGGGCUUGUCCACCGUCUGCCAUCCGAGUGACAUCGGUCCUGUGAUCCGCGAACUCCGUGCCUGCAUUACUCCCGAGCCAGUGAGUGUGGCGUACCGCAUCCGGAAGAAACAUAGUGGAUAUGUCUGGUUCGAAAGCCACGGGUCGUGGCACAUCACCGAUCGCGGACGGCAAUACAUGGUUCUGGUGGGUCGUCCCCGGGCCGUGUACAGUCUUGAUCAUGUUGCUGUCGUUGGCCGUGGAGGCUUGGCAGAGAACGACCUUUGGGCCAAGCUGUCGAUGUCGGGAAUCGUCCUCUAUGUUUCAUCGAAGACGCGGCCGGUGCUGGGUCGGUUGCCGGAAGACCUGAUUGGUAAGAGCAUUCAGGACCUAAUGGGAGCGGACACGCGACCACAGGCCUUGCAGGCACUCGAGGCAGCGAGGGGUGGCCAACAGGUUUCGUUCAACCACAAGAUCCGUCACCGCAAGGGUCACAUGCUCCAGGUGCAGACGACGCUUCUACCCGGCGAUGCAAAAGAAGGGGCCCCGCCUUCUUUCCUGGUGGCGCAGUUACGCUUCCCAAAGAUGUCCACGCCGGGGGCAUCUGACGAACCGGGUUUAUCAACGGAAUUGGGGCUCGCGCCAACCGGGGUGGACUUGUCCGGGCUGGUGGGAACCAACCGGUUGCCAGCGGGCAAUCAGCAAUUAGCCUCGUUGGAAGAUAAUACGCUGUUUACGGAGCUGGCGCCCACGCGAGGUUCCAGCUGGCAGUUCGAACUGCGGGAAUUGGAGAAGCAGAACCGCACCCUGUCGGACGAGAUGCAGCGGUUGAUCACACGGCGGAAGAAGCGCAAGCGCAAGCAGAGCACCAUUGUGGUGGAAAAGAGCUGCUCGAUGUGUCGGGCAAAGACCACCCCGGAGUGGCGGCGGGGACCCAGUGGCAACCGGGACCUUUGCAACAGCUGUGGACUGCGCUGGGCGAAGCAAGUGCGGAACGCGGCUCAGGCGACGGCCGGCGCGGUCCGCCCAGGCGUGACCUCAUGA